AUAUAGAAAUUCGGGUUUUGAAAUCCUGAAUUUUAAAUGUAAGUGUUACAUAUAUGGGAUAAUUGAGAAACGUGAAUUCAGAUUUUAAAGAAAGACCAAUUAUGCAUAUUAAAAGGUGAAGGAGGGCAGUUGCAGCAUUAUUUUACUCUCUCACGGGUGAACCAUAUGAGACAUUGGUUCACCCUAGACAUUGGUGAAGGAAGAGGAGUUUCGUGAGCGUCUUGAAGAACAACGAGAAAAUGUCGGUGCUGAUCGUGACGAGCUUGGGGGACCUUGUCGUCGAUUUGCACACCAACAAAUGCCCCUUGACCUGCAAAAAUUUCUUGAAGCUUUGCAAGAUAAAGUACUACAAUGGUUGUCUAUUUCACACUGUUCAGAAGGAUUUUACUGCCCAAACUGGUGAUCCAAGUGGCACGGGAACUGGUGGUGAUUCUGUUUACAAGUUUCUAUAUGGUGAUCAAGCCCGGUUUUUCAGCAAUGAAAUUCAUAUUGAUCUGAAGCAUUCCAAGACUGGAACUGUUGCCAUGGCAAGUGCUGGAGAGAAUCUGAAUGCUUCACAGUUUUAUAUCACUCUGCGUGAUGACCUCGAUUACCUUGAUGGAAAGCACACAGUUUUUGGUGAGGUAGCUGAAGGAUUUGAGACUCUAACUAGAAUAAAUGAGGCUUAUGUAGAUGAGAAGGGAAGACCAUAUAAAAAUAUAAGAAUCAAGCACACAUAUAUCCUGGAGGAUCCUUACGAUGAUCCUUCUCAGCUAUCUGAGUUCAUUCCUGAAGCUUCUCCGGAAGGAAAACCAAAAGAUGAGGUCGAUGAUGAAGUGCGACUUGAAGAUGAUUGGGUGCCCAUGGAUGAACAAUUAAACCCAGCAGAACUCGAGGAGGUUAUUAGAUCAAAGGAAGCACAUUCUAGGGCAGUUGUACUUGAGAGUAUUGGGGAUAUUCCUGAUGCUGAGAUUAAGCCCCCGGACAAUGUAUUAUUUGUCUGUAAAUUGAACCCAGUUACUGAGGAUGAGGACUUGCAUACAAUAUUUUCACGCUUUGGAACUGUAUCAUCGGCUGAAAUCAUCCGUGAUCACAAGACUGGUGACAGUUUAUGCUAUGCUUUCAUAGAGUUUGAGGACAAACUUUCAUGCGAGCAGGCAUAUUUUAAGAUGGAUAAUGCUUUGAUUGAUGAUCGAAGGAUUCAUGUGGAUUUUAGUCAAAGUGUGGCAAAACUGUGGACACAAUACAGGCGGAAAGAUCAAAAGGGUAAAGGUGGUGGUUGCUUCAAAUGUGGUUCUACAGAUCAUAUAGCUAAGGAUUGCACGGGAGAUGCUACAAUGAAACAACCACAAGCAAAAUACAUCUUAAAGGAUGAUAAUACCCAACGUGGUGGAGAUAAUGCGAGUUAUGAAAUGGUUUUUGAUGGAGAUAACGUGGAAAGUCCAAGGCGAGAUGUAAAACACCAAAGGCAUGACAGGGACGACCCAGUUGAAAGAAUAGGUAGGAAGGAAAAUUUUAAAGAUCAUAGAAGUCGUAGGGAUCAGGAAAUGGUAGACUCAAACAGAGAUAGGUAUGGUCAUAGAAGCAGAGGGCAUGGGGGAAAUGGGGACGACAAAGCACGAUCAGAAAGAGCUGCAAGAGAUGCCAGGGAUUUUGAUUCCCUUGCUGACAAGAAAGACAGAGAUAGGCAUAUAGGAAGACAGAGAGAUGAUGAUUACAAGCGGAAAGAUGAGCGGGACUCAAGAAAAAGAGACGAAGACAAUAGCUACAAGCGAAAAGAUGAGCGAGAUUCAAGAAAAAGAGACGAAGAUGAUAGCUACAGAGAAAGAAGAGGUAGCCGAGAUGAUAGGAGAAACACAGAUUCUAGCCAUUUGGAAAGAAGGAAUGAUAGAGAUUACAGAAAGAGACCUGAAGACAGUGGUAAGCAAGAUGCGAAGAUUGAUUCCGGACGAAGAAAAAGAAGUCCGGGUGCUGAGGAUUACAAAAAUGGAAGGGAGGAUGAGGAUUGCAGACCCAUAAGGGAAGAACGUAGGCAUAAAAGACAAGACAUUGAAGCUGAUGAGGAUUACAAGCGCAGACGAGAAGACACAGAUUACAAACGUAGAAGGGAGGAUGGAGAUUACAGACAUAGAAGGGAAGAACGUGGACAUAAAAGACAAGAUAUUGAAGCUGAUGAUCAUCCUCAUAGGAGGCAUCAUGGUGACAGGAGAUGAUUAUUGGUAUCACUAUAUCCGAAUGUUAAGCACAGAACAUUUGAAUGGCUGGCCAUCUUGUAUGUUCCCCUUUUGCUUCAACUUUUAUGGUGGAGCAAGUUAUUGAUGUUUGAGAACAAGGUUUUUGAAAUAUUCUAAAUUUACCAUUAAGAAACAAAUUUAAUGAAUUUUAUUUUCUUUUAAGUUGUAAUUUUGGGGGGUUGGCAGUUGGGAUUUAAAAAGAAUGUUUACAUCGCUUUAGAGAGAAAAAAAAAAUGAAAGGUGCACCACAACAAUGUGGCAGACCUAUUGGGAUUUCGUAAAUUGUUAAAUGGUGCUUGACUUAACACUACUAUAUUCGUGUUAUAUGGGUGUGCUUGGAAAAAUGUUAGCUUUAA